AUGUCAUUAAAAAUAAAUAAAGAUUUUGCUAAAAAGUUCAACGCAAGAAAACAGCGAGAAGAGUUACAAAAAUUGAAAUCAAAGUUUGAUGAUGAAGAUUCUGAUGAAUCCUCAUCAGAAAGUGAAGAUGAUGAUGCCAAAGCACUGACCAAACAACUGGACAAGCAAUGGUUCUUCACAUUAGCAGCCAUUAAAAGUAAAAAUCCUAAAAUAUACGAUCCAAGUGUGAAAUUUUUUGACAAGUCUGAAGAAGCUCAAUCAUCAUUGACCCCAUCGCCAUCAUCAUCACCCGAACCAAAGAAAAGAAAACAAACAAAAACAUGUAAACUGAACGACUAUCAGAAUAAAUUUCUCAUCGAAAGAGGAGGGAUUGAAUCAAACUCAGAUGCGAGCGAUGAAAAAGAAGAUGACGAUGACAAUGAAAAUAAUACUAAUGAUAACAAUAAUAGUAAUAAUAAUUAUGAUGGUGGGGGUAAUGAUAAUGGUGCCAAGAAAAACAGUUGGAGUUAUAGGGAUAACUAUGAUAAAGAUGCUGAUGUUGAUAUUAAAGAAAGAUCAUGGUUUAAACUUUUAUUUCUGUAA